CUAUCAUCAUUCUUCAAAAAUGUAAGUUGAAAUUUAGACUUUGGAUGUUUUGAAAAAAAAGAGUGUGCUCCAAGUUGUUUGAUAUGAAACGUCCCUUUUUUCUUCCUUGUAGGGGACGCCAUUGUCAAUUAGUUAUGGGACCUGCAGGAAGUGGCAAGUCCACUUAUUGCGCAACCAUUAUGACACAUUGUCAAACAGCAGGUCGUAAAGUACAUUUGGUCAACCUUGAUCCAGCUGCAGAACACUUUGAGUACGAACCCACCAUUGACAUUCGCGAUCUCAUCACUUUGGAGGAUGUCAUGGAAGAAUUGGGUUAUGGCCCUAAUGGUGGACUUAUUUAUUGUUUAGAAUUCUUGUUGAAUAAUAUCGAUUGGCUAGAAGAGGAAAUCGGCUCUUAUGAUGACGAUUAUUUAAUAUUUGAUUGCCCUGGACAGAUUGAACUUUACACACAUUUUCCUAUCAUGAAACGACUUUGCGAAACGCUCAGCCGACUCAACAUGGCCAUUUGCGGUGUCUAUUGUUUAGAAUCUCAAUUUAUCGAAGAUAAAAGUAAAUAUUUCUCUGGCGUCUUGAGCGCCAUGAGUGCCAUGGUGAAUUUGGAGAUACCUCACGUCAACGUGAUGACGAAAAUGGAUUUGAUUGAAGGUGACUAUGGCAACCGACCUAUCGAUGCAGACGGAGCAGAUGCAGACGCGGAUGAGGAUGAUUCAAUAAGCGACGCAGAAAAGAAGAGGCGCAGACAAAGAAGAAGAAGAAGACUCAUGGAAAAAGCAAUGACAGAACGCGAGUUGGACAGAUAUCUCGAUCCGGAUCCAUUGUUGAUGAUAGAAGAGUUAGAUACAGUCCUAAAACAACAAGAGGAAGAGGAAGAGCCAAGCCCCUGGACAUUGAAGUUUCAGGCGCUGAAUCAAGCCAUCGUGCAACUCAUUGAUGAUUAUAGCAUGGUUCGCUUUAUACCUUUGAACAUUACAGAUGAGGGCUCUGUAGAAUAUGUUCUUUCCAGUGUAGAUAACUCGAUGCAGUAUGGCGAAGAUUUAGAACCCAAGGAACCUCAAGAUAUGCCCGAAUAUGAUUAAAAUUCUUAUUUACAACAGAAUCAUCCUUUGAUGUGUUUGUAAGCUACUAGUUUGAUAUUUUGACAGCAAUAAAAAGGGAAACAAAAUAGAAAAGGAGCAACCUAAUAUAUGAUGGAAGGGGGGCAAACAAGAAAUAUGACCAAAGGAGAUGCGAAAGAAGGAGCGGCAGAGAGGCAAAAAAAAAAAAAAAAAAAAAAAAAAAAA